CUUAUUAAGGUGAUGCACGGGAUGCUGGCGUCGCAGUCCCUGUGGAGCAGUCGUGCGGUUCACAUCAUGAAGUUGCUGUUCGUAUUGUCGGCUUGCGUUGUGGUGGCGUGCGUGGGAGGCGUGUACGUGCCCACUCCGGUAUACUCCACCUUCAGGUCACAGGACGAGCUCGGAGGCUACCACUUCGGCUACUCCGGCGGACCAACGUCGCGUGCGGAGCACCGCGACCACAACGGCGUCGUGCGGGGCGCUUACAAUUGGGUGGGCGGCGACGGUACCGUGCACAAAUACGAGUACAUCUCAGACGCUAACGGUUUUCGCCUGGUUUCUGGAACGGGUCUACCCGUUGCUCCUGUUCAUGUUUAUGAGCUGCCCGUCGCCCCCGUAGUGCCCACGGUACGUGCGGCACCCGUUUUCAACCUCGUCGCUCCUCAACCCGUUGAAGAAACAGAGGAAGUCAAGCAAGCGCGCGCAAAGUUUGAAUAUUUGUUCAAAAAAGCGGCGGACGCUGCGGCAGCUGCACCCGAUGUCUAGUUAACCAUAACCCAGAUGAUUUUAAUACAAAAAUUUCAAAUACAAAUUAUUGCUGAGUGAA